GCUCCGAGCCCUUUGACCCCGUUGUUAUGUCGGGCCCGAGCCGCCGCCGCCGCCGUCUCCUCCCGUAGCGCCCGGAGCCGCCCCCGCAGCGCGCCCCGCUCCGCCCCGCCCCGCGCGCUCCGCCGCCCGCGCGCGCCCGCCCCGCCCCCGCCGCCGCCGCCCGCCCCGCGCCCGCCGCCGCCCGCGCGCGCCUCUAACGGUCCGCGCCCGCCCGCCGCCGCCCGCGCGGGAGGAGGAUGAGGGAGAUGAAGCAGCGCAGGAAGAAGGAGCGCACGUGGGCCGAGGCCGCCCGCCUGUUUUAGGCUGUGCUGUGUCUGAUGCUUGAGAGAGACUGUCAGCUGUGAAGGAUUCCCUUGUUUUCCAAGGCAGGAAUGUUCCAUCUUGUGGAUCUCACGUGGCUGCAGUGUCCCCUUGUCAGUGCCUGCCCAUUGGGGCAAUGCAGAGCGGUGGGUUAUGAGGAAGGCACAGAGAUGGUGACCUACAGAGGCUUUGUGAUCAGUGGAAGGAGGUGUGCUGGAGCUGCACUGACAAGGAAUUAAAAUUGUUUACACUUCCAAUUUGGCUUAUUGCUUUCUUUGAUCUUUUCUUUAAACUCUGUGUUGUUGCAUGUUAUCUCAGGGUACGUGGUUCUCCCCCAGCAGCUUACUGAUGCCUGUUCUUGUCAUCUUCAAGCAGCUGAAGAUUUCAUAUAGGGUGGCUAUGGUUUAAGUAAUUCCUUUAUCAGAAAACACAGUUGAAGUGCAGAGCUGAAGAGCAUGGGGUUGGGUUGCUCUCUGACCGAGGGAUGGGAUGGAGAUGCAGGCAGACCAUAUCUGCAGAGAUGUCCAGUCCUCUCCUUGAAUCCUUGAGGUUCUUCCAGGUGCUGUGGAGCAGUAAGUUCCACAGGCUUUAAAUAUAUAUAUAUAUAUAUAUAUCAGCUUGUCUAAUUCUUCGUGUGUAAGUUGCAGUUCUGUUCUACAUAUGACAUAGGCUUACAUCUCUGUGGUGCCUACCCAUAAUUUUUUCCAUGUCUUUUACAGUUGUUGUCUUUUCCUGAACUCUGUCCUUCUCAACACUUACCCACAGCACUCCCCUUGAUAAGAUGAACUGAACGCAGUAAUACAAGGAAGGAAUUACACAGUUGUCCAGUAAUAUUUUUAUUGCCAGAAAAAUGCUGGAUUCCUUAUUGGGAGGUGCUGGAAAACUACUCGGAUGCUCCCAUGACCCCAAAGCAGAUUCUGCAGGUCAUAGAGGCUGAAGGACUGAAGGAAAUGAGUGGCACCUCUCCCCUGGCCUGCCUCAACGCCAUGCUCCAUUCCAAUUCCAGGGGAGGCGAUGGGCUCUUCUACAAACUGCCUGGACGGAUCAGCCUGUUCACACUGAAGAAGGAUGCUCUGCAGUGGUCUCGGAACCUGUCUGUGCCAGAAGGGGAUGAACUGGAGGAUACAGCAGACGCAGAAAGCUGUGAGUCCAACGAAACAAGCACUGUGAGUGGUGAUAAUGAUGGUAAGUGUCUAAUAACGUUCAUCUUAAGCUGCAAGUAUCUACUUCUGUGUCUGACUGAGGGCACGUCUGUUUCAGUGUCUCUUGAUGAAACCUCCUCUAAUGCCUCCUGUUCCACUGAAUCUCAGAGCAAGGGUCCCUCUACUGCCAGGGAGAGCAACAGAACAGCCUCACAGACAACCAAACAAAAGAGAAAGACAGGUGUGAUGCUGCCACGUGUUGUUUUAACGCCACUGAAAGUAAAUGGGGCACACAUGGAGUCUGCAUCUGGCUUCACAGGAAGGCAUGCUGAUGGGGAGAGCAGCAGCACGUCCAGCAGCAGCAGCAGCUCUUUGGCUCUGUGUAGUGCUACCUUGCGCAGCCGGACGGAAAUAAACAGGGAUCCCCCACAGCUGCUGAGAGGUAUCCGGAAGCCCACAGCUGGGCAAAUGAAACGAAACAGGGGUGAGGAUAUUGACUUUGAAACACCUGGUUCCAUUCUUGUCAAUACAAACCUGCGAGCUCUGAUAAACUCCAGAACCUUUAAUGCACUCCCAUCGCACUUCCAGCAGCAGCUUCUUUACCUCCUUCCAGAAGUUGAUAGACAGGUUGGGGCUGAUGGGCUGAUGCGUCUCAGUGGAAGUGCUCUGAAUAAUGAAUUUUUCACCCAUGCUGCUCAGAGCUGGAGGGAACGCCUGGCUGAUGGUGAAUUCACACAUGAAAUGCAAGUUCGAAUUCGGCAGGAGAUGGAAAAGGAGAAGAGAGUGGAGCAGUGGAAGGAGAAGUUCUUUGAGGACUACUAUGGACAAAAGUUGGGCUUGACCCAAGAAGAAUCCCAGGAGCAGAAUUUGGUGCAAGAAGACGCUGAGAACAGGACAGCAGUGUCUGUUAAAGGAGAAACAAGGCUGCCACGUGGUCCUUCCACACGGCAGAGGGAUGGGCACUUCAAGAAGCGCUCCCGGGCCGACCUGCGGUGCAGAGCCAGGAGGAGCCUGUACAAAUUGCGUGAUUCUGAGCAAAAAGAGGCUUCCAAAGAGACUGCUUCUGUGGGAGUGGAUUCCUCUCUUCAUAAAGACACAAAGCCUGAGGUGGACCUGAAGAAAGAUGACCUGACAAGUGCUUCUGCCACAGUACUGAAGCCAGAGAGUUCAGAACUGCAUCUCUCUCCAGAGACUUCCAAAUUGCACAGUAAAUCGGAAGAUCUGUCGUUGGCAACUGCAAACAGAAUUCCCUGUUUGUCCCAGGAGAGCUCUGCUCGGGAGCCAAAGGACCAGAAGAGGAAAUGCUUUGAGGAGGCUGCCUCUGCCUCCUUCCCCGAAAAGAAGCCCCGGCUUGAAGAUCGUCAGUCCUUUCGUAACACAAUUGAAAGUGUUCACUCAGAAAAGCCACAACCUACUAAAGAGGAGCCAAAAGUCCCACCCAUCCGGAUUCAACUUUCACGUAUUAAACCACCCUGGGUGGUUAAAGGUCAGCCAGCUUACCAGAUAUGCCCCAGGAUCAUCCCCAACACGGAGCCCUCCACCCGGGGCAGGAGCGGGGCCAGAACUCUCGCAGACAUUAAGGCCCGUGCUCUGCAGGCCCGAGCCCAGCGAGAAGCUGCUGCAGCCGCCAUUGGUGGUGGGGGCGGCCCCGGCGGAGGGAGAAACGCUGAGGGGAGUGGAGGAGAACCCAGCAGCCAUCGCAGGCGCAGGAGAUCAAAGAGAACUCGUCGAAAGCGCUCGUCAGAUCUACAGCGAGCACAACUACUCUCGUCUCUCCGUCUGAAUGGAGAGAAGGCCAGCUCUGAGGCGGCCGCUCGGGCAGCCAGCACAAAUUCCUUUGCCUCCUCGAAACAAGACUCCUUUUCUUCGAAGAGAGAGGGAAGCGGCGUUCUGGAAUGCACCGCAGGCGCUGGCUCAGGGGGGGCUCAGCCCGGCGAUGGCUCACCUGGAGGGCAGUGCUGUGAUGCUCUGACCGUGUCAGCGUUGGACAGCACGGCUUUGGAGAGGCCAGAGGAGAGCCCCGAGCAGCUCUUCUGCGAUGCGAGGACUGAAGCCUCAUCAUGCGCUGUGUCACAGGAGGCACAGAGCACGGAGGUGACACACGUGGUUCCUCCAGCAGUUGGUCUGUCGUGUCCUCAGGCGCAGGGAGCUGAGAUUGGCCCUGCAGGAGGCAGGGUUGUGUCAGAACUCAGAGAUGUCGGUAUUCCCACUGUGCAGUUGGAUUAUUCUGCUGAUGUAAAGGAAAAUUCCACCAGUCGUCCUGCUCUUCUGCCAGAGUUGCCGUCAGGUGGUAAAGAAUGCCAUGAGCCAAAAGUGAUAUCGAGAUUUAGAUUUAAUGGCUCCGAAACAACAUUCGUGGAACAAUGCGUGAAAAAUUAUAGUGGUGACUCCAAAACAGUGACUGCUGGAGCAGAGGAAGGAGUGCCUGCGCUGUGUAACUUCACACACCUGCAGGCAGGGAGAGAGAGUGAUGGCAAACCAAGCAAUGAGGAACAGAAUGCAGAAUCUCUGUUGAAAUCCUCUUCGUGUGAUGACUUUAUUUCUCAGAAUAGGAUAGAUACAUCUGAAAAACUGAGGGAGAGGCACCCCAGAACAGAAUCAGAAGACGGGUGCCAGACGUUGAGGGAGGCUCGAGAGUUCAAGGCAAAUGGAGACGAUGAAGUACAGAGUACACACAGUGAAUCAACAGAUACUGCUUCGGAUUUUGAAGCUGACGUGGCUGAUGAGAAUGUGGAGAUGGAGAUGUGUUACAGAAACCUCAGCUGUAGGGAGGUAGCUAGGAAGGGCUCCUUCUGUCAGAGCAGCACUGAGGAAUGUGAUAAAAUCAGUUCAAAUUCAUCUCUGGAAGCAGGUAAUCUGCCCUGCGUUGUGGACUUUCCUUCAGUGGCCACAGUGAACACUGCGCCUCCACCUCAGAGGUGGGGACUGCAUGCCCCAUUGCCCCCAAAGCCCGAGAGGCCAUCAGGUUCUGCUCAGCCUGUAUCCUCUGAUGCCAGCAGCCCUUUGGUGAAGCAGCUGCUUAAGGGGAACCGCCUGCUGGAAGAGGUUCUCCCGGUAUCUCACGCCAACAUCCAGGUGGAAGGUGCACAGCCUCCAGACAUGCAGUCAGAAAGCCUCUCCGUGCCCAUGGAGAGAGGUAGCAGUUGCUAUUUUGGUAAAGAAUCUUCCCCGGAUGUGCAGAUAAAGACAAGUGCCCUAAGCAGGAGUGAUGACUUCCGCCCAGUGAGAUCUUCUGUAGAUCCCCAGGAAAAGACGUGUGGGUCAGGAGCAGCAUUGCCUAGAGCAGAGGAUAUGGAGAACCAGCCUGUUCCAGAAAAACAUUCCAAAAUUGGCUUAACCUUAAGCUGCCAAGACCAACUGGCAAAUGUGGCAAGUGCCUCUCAGAAGCCUGAAGACACGAGCCCUCGGGAAAGAACGUUUUCUUCCUGUAGCUUUGAAGAGCAAAAAGAAUCGUCUAAGGUCCAUCGGGUGCCGCAGCAUAACCCGUUAACAAAUGUCAUCACAAGUCAAAGUCCUGAGAAGCCGAACCCGACUCCGGAGCCUCCGUUUUUAUCUCCAAAUGUAGGUUCUCUUGGCCCAAAUCAGAUGGGAAAUACAUCGGUCAAUCAAAAUUAUGUUGGAGUUCAAGGCAAAAAGCUCUUUGGUUCUGGUUUUCCUUGCAACCCCAGUGUUAGGCUGCAUCACUCAAGGGCUUCAGAUCAGGUUUCAGUCAUGGGAGCCUUGGCCCCGAGCAAACAGAUUCCUCUGACCAAAAGCUGUGCGUCUGCGGAAGGAAUGCCGGCUGCAAGGGAAGAGUGGACUUCAAAGCAGCACGGGAACAGCCUGGGAGGAAUAAAAAACGAGAACGUGUUGGCAUGUGGCAGCCCAGCCAAGAGCAGUGGGGAGAGCCAGAAGGAUGCAGCACCAAACCCCGCGGAGCUGAGGGAGCAUUCGCAGAGUGUUCCUCUGGUGAUGGACUUGCCGUUCCUGAAGCUUUCAAGGGAAGCAGGAAAAAGACACAAUCACCCUUUGGAGCCUUCUUCCAUACCCUCUCAGUUCAAUAUCAAACAAGCAUUUUAUGGGAAGCUUUCUAAGCUGCAGUUGAAUUCCACCAGCUUUAAUUAUUCAUCCAGCGCUCCAGCUUUUCCCAGAAGCCUUGCUGGAAGCAUGAUGCAGCUAACCCACAAAGCGAACUUUGCUGCAAACCAUAAUACGUCCCUUUCCGUGCAGAUGUUUGCUGAUAGUAGCAACGUUGAAGAAAUAUCCUUCAAGUGCUCGUGCAGCCUUAAAGCCAUGAUAAUGUGUAAAGGCUGCGGGGCGUUUUGUCACGAUGACUGUAUAGGACCCUCUAAGCUUUGUGUAUUGUGCCUUGUGGUGAGAUAAUAAAUUAUGGCCAUGGGACAGGUUGUAUAUUCAGUGUGCGUAUUUUGAUAACGACUGAUCCUAAACCUGUGCACAGAAGCCUAUUCUGUUUAUAGUAGAAAUGCUAUUAUACGUUGUUUCGGUGAGGAAAGUUGACUCGCCUUCCCACUGAAGUCUACAGUGCAAAACCCUUCCUUGCUCACGACGACACUCCGAUUUCUGUGGGCUGUGCCCCACUGGAGCCAUCCUUCUGCUUUGUGCUAUGGUGGACAUGCUGGCUGUGCCCUGGGAUGUGUGCUGAAGCUGACACCUGGCCGGGAGGCGGUUUGCUGUGACAUCCGUGGACCCUCCGGAGAGGAGAUCUCUACAUCCAAAGGAACUGGAGCAGGGUGUGUUCUAUUUCAGGGCUGCUCUAGGUUAGCCCCUACAGUCUUCCACUCUCCCCUUCUGCCAUCUCCAUGGUUGCUUUGUGCGCUGAGCACAGCAGUGCAGGCAGGGCGCUGCGCUGCAGGCGACGGCUCCGCGUGGUCUCCGCUGCUGCGGUUGGACGUGGUGAGCAGCGAAGCACUCUGCAGCUGGAGCCGUGAGAAGAGAAAUAGGCAACGUGUGCCAUGGAAUGGCUCCUGCCCUGCAGGGUGUGCGUGGCUGUGGGGCUGCCCGGCUGAACUCUGGCACCGGCUGAGGGCUGAGGCUGCUGCAGUCUCCUCGUGGCGCGCAUCAGUGCAGGAAGGCUUCGUGAAGCUCAGCUUGUGGCCAGCAGCCAUCUGCAUUGCAGCCCCGCAGUGAGGACCUUAACGUGACAGCAUCUGACCACUUGCAAGUGUCUAGCUGUGCAUCUAUGUGACGAUCAUCUUAACAUUUAAAGCAGUGUUUUUUCAUUAUUAUUUUUUUUAUAUAUAUUUUCAUUCUUGGAUGUAUAAAGUGAAUUAUUUGGCUCCUGUAAGUAUCCUCUAUGCAUCUGUUUGAUCAUGUAUUUAUAUGUUGUACACAGUACUGGCCAACUCUGUAAAUGGAUGUAAUGUACAUAGUACAUAAAGGGUUCUUUUUUCCUUGGAUUUUUCGGGCUCUCCAGCAGUAUUGCAUUAAAGUGGUGUUAGUUGUUAAUCUGCAUCUGUAGUCAGAGCCGCUGUGUUCUGUCUUGCCCAAAGUGAGGCUCUGCCUGCCGUGCCUGGGGCUCUGUGCUCACUCCUGGGCCUUCUGCAGCUGCUGCUGUCGCUGUGUCUCCCAGUGGUGCCCAAAGGUGGAUGUCCUCACGCCGCUGUUGGCUGACAGCAGAACAGCUCCUCUACUAUAGAACGCGAAUUGCUUCAGUGGGGGCAGAACUCAGACGUUCCUUAAGAAGACAGUAGGAAGGAAUAGGGGUUUUUUUUAUUACUUUUUUUCUGCUCGUACCUUUUCUAGCUCUCUCCUACCUCCCUCGACUGUGCACUUUUUGUUUUUGGUUUUUUUUUCUAACGGAGAUGCAACCCUGAGGGCUGCCCCAGGUUUGGCCUCCGCGCUGCUCAUCCUUCACACCCCUGUGAGCCUCGUGCUGCGGGCAGAGGGCGACUGCCCGGGGUGGGAGCGGAGGAGCGCGAACCAAAGAGAGCAGCGCGGUGGGCUCUGCUCCUCGGGGCCCUGCGGUGUGCGCUGAGCCGCCUGGUGUACGUCCCUUGUGUUGGAACAAUAAACACUCUAUGAAAGCUG